AUGCAACNACAGGUUUUGGACAAUUUUACGACUGUUUCUGCUCAUGACGGUGAGUAUCGGUGUAUUUAUUUGUACAUUAAAGGUGACAAAUGUAUGUUACAUCUCCCAAGUUUCUAAAAUUCUAGGUAAUUAAUUAUUACCAACAUUUGAGAUUUUUCUUUGGAUUUGAAUAGACAUUACUAGUCUUCAACUAGCAAAAAUAAUUCAGAAUUGAUGUUUUUAAUGUCAAUAUUAAGAUAAUACUUGAUUAUACAUUAUUAUACUUUUGUAACCCAUUGAACGAUGGCCUUUUUACGGCUACCCACAAUCUAAAUAAUUUAUGCGAUAUCAUUUAAUGAGGUCCCAAAAUGUAAUAUUAACUAUCAUAUUUUGUUUAUAUAUCGAUGGAAAUUAAUAUGACCUAUAAUUAACCAAAAUCCGAUAUCUAUAACUUACGGACAUUCAAUACAAUUUUUUCGACACAGAGCUCCUCGAAAAAUUAUUCAAAUGGUAUAGCAAUAUGCCGACGUUACACGUGGAUGUCCUAUCUGAUCAACGUGAGUACUCUGAAUAAUUUAUACAAUUGAUAUUCAUAAAUAUUACAUGUUAUGAUGCUAAUCAUUUUUUAUAAUAUACAGAAAAAGAUACUUUGGAACAUAUUGGAUCAUUAAUAAGAGAGGGCAAAGAAGAUCAGAAUUAUCUCGGCAAAUUUUCCAGUAAGAAAAACUAUUGAACCUAAAAAUAUAAAAUAUCUCUAUGUCGUAUUACUAUUAUAACCAUUACAAUUGUUUUUUUAACUAUUAUACUAAACGCAACUUCAUUGGUCGUAAAAAGUUAACAUUUAAAAAUAAACAACAAUUUUUAUAGUCCAAGCAACAGACACGGUGUAUUUGAAUAGCCAAUUAUAUCAUUUUAAUGAAUUUAUUUACUUAUGUUUAAUGUAGAAGAUGACACUGAAAUUUACAAAUGGUGGAAGAGUAUGCCCAUGGUCAAUUAUGAUCUGCAAAAAAGUAUGUUCUAUGUUUUAACAGUUAUUUGCGAAAAAAUUAAAUAAUGCCUUCUUUUUUUUUUUUAUAUAAUUCUAUAAUACACCUAAAAACAGACAUCAACUAAUUUCGAAUUCGAUGAACGACGGAAAAGAACAUGGUAUUAUACACAAGAGGACAGUUUAUAUGAUGUAAUAAUAAUUAGUCUAAUCCAACUAAUAGAAUGAUUCAACAGAUCCUUAUUUAAAUAGGUACAAGCAGAUGAUAAGUAAAACAAUUAUUUAAAAAUAAAACAAUACAUUUAACUGUGUUAUUAUUGUAUAAUUGAACGUUUUUUUUUUAUUCGUAAGUCGUUUACAUAUACAUGAGCAUUAACUAUAUCGAUUUUUAAUCGAUUAGGUAUGUAUCUAAAACGAGCAUGCCCUAAUUUUCGGGAAAACAAUUGUUGUAAAGUUCACAACGGGUAUAAAGUUUAAAUAAAACAUUAUACAAUUAGAAUUAUGAUUUAUAGAAUAAAAAAUUCAAUCGUUAAUAAUCUCGAGAUAUUUAAAACAUCAAUUAAUAAUUACUAAACAGUUACCUUAAGGUACCUUUGUGAACACUAGAAUUUGUCUAUUUAUAUAUAUCUUCGCGAGGAACCGAAUAUAAUUAGUAUGCCCACUGAAAUAUAAAAUCCGUAUGAAUUAUACGUAUCCUAUCAGUUAUAAUAAAUGCUUUGAAGUCUAAUAUAAAUGAGCACAAUUACAAUAGUAUGUUAUUAUUAUAUAAUUUUCUAUUCUAUAUAAUUCUAAGUUAAUAUACAUUAUAAUAAUUUGAAAAUACAAAAUAAUGGUUUAGAUAUCAAAUAGGUAUUAUAAAAUUUGACCGCGUAAAUUAUGUAACGUUAUAGGUUGGUUAGAUUGACUUGGAAACAUACUACAUAUACAUAGAAUAAUUAACUACAUUAUAUGUUACUAAUUUAUUUAUUUUUCAUACUUAUAGUACGUAUUGAAGCCAUCUAAAAAGACCGAAAUUAUGUGUAGAAGAAACAAUGCGAAUUAAUAUAUUUCGUCUAUUAUUAAUAGUAUUAUUUUAAUAGUUUUAGUUUUAUCACAAACGUAUUAAUCUCACGACAUUUGAAGAAAAAUGUAUACUUACGAUAACGCACAUAACAACCAACAUAUUUUGUUUUUAUUCACAUUGUUAUUAUUUUAUAACCAUUGUAAUCUAACCUAAUAAAUAACAUGACCAAUUAUGUAAUUUGUUAUAAGUAUUUAUUUUCCAUCAUUCGAUAUACACUAUUAUUUAUAACCACUAUAGUUAUUACAUACUUAGUUAUAUUUUUUUUUUUUCAUUAAUGCCUAUAAAAUUGGGU